GCAACGGUAACUGCCGACAAACCAGCGUCUGAGUCGUAGCCUGGAGGCUUCCAAACGGGAAGUAGAAGACCUGAAACUCCAGCUCCAGCAGUAUGUUGCGGAGGUGCGGCGAUGUCACACAGAUACAAGAGGAGAGGGAGGCGGAAAGAGUUGCGUUGCUGGAACAGUUCCGUUCUCUAACAGCUGAGUCCGCUAGUCUGGAGAACAAACAUCAUAGUCUAGAGAGUGAGGCGAAGUCUACCAAGAGCUGUUUGCGGGAAGCUCAGAUUCGAAUACAGGACCUCGAGUCCUGCCUUGAAGAGAAGAAUGCAUUGGUGCAUGGCUACGAGAGUCAGAUCAGGGAGCUCACACAGCAAGUUGCCAAGCUGGAGAGGAAACUCAACUCCAGGUCUAGAGCUGAGAAUGCCUCCAGGGAUCUUUCUAGAGAGUUGGAGACACAGAAACAUUGUAUGGCUCAACAGAUUGACCAAGUCACUUGCCAGAAUAGACAGCUCGAGGAUGAGGUGUGCCAGCUGAGGUCAGAAAUGGACCACCUGCGAGAACAACUGGGCAAGGAACGCAAGAACUCUGCCACCUUGGAAAAUGUAUUAGCCAACUCUAGACAAGAAACUCUACAGAGAGCUAAGGAUAAUAAUGAACUGAAAGCUCAAGUACAAUGUCUACAGACAAAGCUAACAGACCUGCAGGAUAAAUUGGAGCAUGGGUCGGAGGCGCUGCGUCGCUGCCAAGGAGAGUGUGCCGAAUACCAAGUCCAGGUGUCAGACCUCAAGCGAGAGGUUACCAACCAGAGAUUCGAGAGAGCUAGGAUGGAACAAAGCUGGCAGGGGGAGAGACCUCUGAACGCAGUCAGUAGUGUUUGUGUAGGGGUGUUCGUGCCCCCUGCGAGGUCGAUGUUCCUGUUGCGUAUUGGUCUGCGGUUCCCUCACCUCCCUCCCGCUCUCCAGCAGUCCUCCUCCACCGACCAGUGCAAG